GGAGGGCGGUCGUCAUUGGACCUCGGCGGGGGCAGCCCCUGCCUCUGCUACCUGUUGCUACGGGCGCCGUAGAGCUGCAGCGCAGCAGCACGCGGGAAGGCUCGUCUCGCGAGAGCUCUCCUCCUUUCUUGGCCGUGGCAGCUGCAGAGGCUCGGGGGACCGCCAUGGACGCUCACGAGGACUACGUUUGGCCGCGGGCAACCUCGGAGCUCAUACUCCUCCCGGUCACGGGUCUGGAGUGCGUGGGGGAGCGGCUGUUAGCUGGUGAGGGGCCAGAUGUCCUGGUAUACACCUUGGAUUUCGGUGGACAUCUGCGGAUGAUGAAGCGCGUGCAGAACCUGCUUGGCCACUAUCUUAUCCAUGGGUUCCGAGUGCGACCAGAACCCAACGGAGACCUUGACUCGGAGGUCAUGGUGGCGGCGUUUGGCAGCAAGGGCCUCCGAGUUGUGAAAAUAAGCUGGGGACAGGGCCGCUUCCGGGAGCUGUGGCGCUCUGGCCUGUGGAACAUGUCUGACUGGAUCUGGGAUGCCCAUUGGCUCGAGGGGAACAUUGCCUUGGCCCUGGGCCACAACUCGGUGGUGCUGUAUGACCCUGUGGUAGGGUGCAGCCUGCAGGACGUGCCCUGCACGGACAGGUGCACCCUCUCCUCAGCCUGUCUGAUCGGAGACACCUGGAAGGAGCUGACCGUAGUGGCUGGCGCUGUUUCCAACCAGCUCCUGGUCUGGUACCCAGCAGCUGCUCUAAAAGACGAUAAGCCCGUAGCCCCCGACCGACGGGUCAGUGGGCACGUGGGGGUCAUCUUUAGCAUGUCUUACUUAGAAAGCAAGGGCUUACUGGCCACAGCUUCCGAGGAUCGAAGCGUUCGCAUCUGGAAGGUGGGUGACCUGCGGGUUCCUGGGGGCCGAGUACAGAAUAUUGGGCACUGCUUUGGGCACAGUGCCCGUGUCUGGCAGGUCAAGCUCCUUGAGAAUUACCUUAUCAGUGCAGGAGAAGACUGUGUCUGCUUGGUGUGGAGCCAUGAAGGCGAAAUCCUCCAGGCUUUUCGGGGCCACCAGGGCCGUGGGAUCCGAGCCCUUGCAGCCCACGAGAGGCAGGCCUGGGUGAUCACUGGGGGUGAUGACUCAGGCAUCAGGCUGUGGCACCUGGUAGGGCGUGGGCACCCGGGUUCGGGGGUCUCUUCGCUCUCCUUCAAGUCCCGCAGCAGGCCAGGUGUCCUCAAGGCCGUGACGCUGGCUGGCUCGUGGAGAGUACUGGCCGUGACUGAUGCAGGGGCCCUGUACCUCUAUGACCUCGAGGUCAAGUGCUGGGAGCAGCUGCUGGAAGACAAGCGCUUCCAGUCCUACUGCCUCCUGGAGGCAGCCCCGGGGCCUGAGGGCUUCGGACUGUGUGCCCUGGCCAACGGGGAAGGGCGCGUCAAGGUCGUCCCCAUCAACACUCCGACUGCAGCUGUGGACCUGACCCUGUUCCCAGGCAAGGUGCACAGCCUGAGCUGGGCCUUGCGAGGCUAUGAGGAGCUUCUGUUGCUGGCAUCGGGUCCCGGCGGCGUGGUGGCUUGCUUGGAGAUCUCUGCGGCACCCUCUGGCAAGGCCAUCUUUGUCAAGGAGCGUUGCCGCUACCUCCUGCCUCCCAGCAAGCAGAGGUGGCACACGUGUAGUGCCUUCCUCCCCCCGGGCGACUUCCUGGUGUGUGGGGACCGCCGGGGCUCUGUGUUGCUCUACCCCUCCCGACCAGAUCUGCUCAAGGAUCUUGGGGUGGGGGGCAAGAUUGGGGCGAUUACCUCAGCGCCCGGAGCAGGCAGUGGUGAGGGGGAGCCCCCCUUGGCUGAGUGGGGCCCUGUGUCCACCCUCCCUUCUCUGCACGGGAAACAGGGUGUGACCUCAGUCACCUGCCACGGUGGCUACGUGUACACCACAGGGCGCGACGGUUCCUACUACCAGCUCUUUGUGCGAGGCGGGCAGCUCCAGCCAGUGCUAAGGCAAAAGCCCUGUCGGGGUAUGAACUGGGUGGCUGGGGUCCGUAUGGUGGCCGACGGGAGCAUGGUCAUCCUGGGUUUCCACGCCAACGAGUUCGUGGUGUGGAGCCCCCGAUCUCAUGAGAAGCUGCACAUCAUCAAUUGUGGCGGAGGGCACCGCUCCUGGGCCUUCUCCGACACCGAGGCAGCAAUGGCCUUCGCCUACCUCAAGGAUGGCGAUGUGAUGCUCUACCGGGCUCUGGGUGGCUGCACGCGGCCACAUGUGAUUCUCCGGGAGAGCCUGCACGGCCGGGAGAUCACCUGUGUAAAGCGUGUAGGCACCAUCACCCUGAGGCCUGAGUCUGGGGUGCCCAGCUUCUUGCAGCCUGACCACCCGGAGCCCGGCGAGCCUGUUGAGCCUGGCAGUGAGGGCCCUGGCCUGAUAGACAUCGUGAUCACGUGCAGCGAGGACACCACCGUCUGUGUCCUGGCACUCCCCACAGCCACGGGCUCAGCCCACGCGCUUACAGCAGUCUGUAACCACAUCUCCUCGGUGCGUGCAGUGGCUGUGUGGGGUGUUGGCACCCCGGGUGGCCCUCAGGAUCCUCAGCCAGGCCUGACCGCCCAUGUGGUGUCUGCGGGGGGCAGGGCUGAGAUGCACUGCUUCACAAUCAUGGUCACCCCAGACCCCAGCCCCCCAAGCCGUCUUGCCUGCCACGUCAUGCACCUUUCAUCCCACCGGCUAGACGAGUACUGGGACCGGCAGCGCCACCGGCACCGGAUGAUCAAGGUGGACCCGGAGACCAGGUACAUGUCCCUAGCUGUGUGUGAGCUAGACCGGCCUGGCCUUGGCCCGCUUGUGGCUGCCGCCUGCAGUGACGGGGCAGUGAGGCUCUUUCUCUUGCAGGACUCUGGGCGCCAACUGCAGCUGCUGGCUGAAACCUUCCACCACAAGCGCUGUGUCCUCAAGGUGCACGCCUUCACACACGAGGCACCCAGUCAGCGGCGGCUGUUCCUGUGCAGCGCAGCCACCGACGGCAGCUUGGCCUUCUGGGACCUCACCACCCUGCUGGACCAAGGCUCCCCUGCUCUGGAGGCUGCAGUGGACCCUGGGCUGCCCUUCCAGCUGGGCAGCCCCUGCCUGACUCUGCAGGCUCACAGCUGUGGCGUCAACAGCCUGCACACCCUGCCCACCCGUGAGGGCCACCUCGUGGCCAGUGGCAGCGAGGACGGCUCCCUCCACGUCUUCAUGCUUGCUGUGGAGAUGCCCGAGCUGGAGGAGGCUGUGGGGGGUGCCGAGCUGCUGCCCCAGCUGCAAGUGCUGGAGGAGUACUCCGUCCCCUGUGCACAUGCUGCCCAUGUGACUGGCCUCAAGAUCUUAAGCCCCAGCCUCAUGGUCUCGGCCUCCAUCGACCAACGGCUGACCUUCUGGCGUCUGGGGCACGGUGAACCCACCUUUAUGAACAGCACGGUGUACCACGUCGCAGAUGUGGCCGACAUGGACUGCUGGCCCGUGAGCCCAGAGUUUGGCCACCGUUGCGCUCUGGGGGGCCAGGGCCUUGAGGUCUACAACUGGUACGACUAAGCCAUCCCGCGGUGGCCGGCACGCUGGGCUUGGGGCCUGCUCGCAGAGUGAUUGUCUGUGCCCACGCCUGGCGUGCCCAGAGGGGAGGAAGAGGCAGCCGCGGGUCCCUGACUCCAGAGCAGGCACUAAAGUUACUGACUUUGUGGACAUUCCUGGAUCCUAAGGCCUCUGUGGCCUUAAAUGUGACUCAGCGGAGGGAGACCCAGCAUGGCCAGCCCAGUGUGGAGCACUUCUCGCACGGCCCGCAGAAGCUGCAGACGGGCAAACAU